AUCUGCUCCAGAAAGAGCCAGCUAAACAUGAUGAACUGCAGACUGGGUCUUUGUAUCUUCACAAAAACUGCAACGAUUCGCAAAAGCAAGUGGCGGCGUCAAUCAAUAAUACAGAAAAUACAGGAACUACUACUCCGGCACGAAAUGUCGCAAUGUUCAUAUCCAUGUGGAGAUGGAUUGUGUUUUUAUUCCCAAGGGCCGUAUGUGUAAUCGUGUUAUCUUUAGUCUAUUUAGGGCUUGCCAUUCUUAGCAUCAGAAUGUUACGUCUAUCAACACAACAGUACUGA